AUGAGCGCCUACUUCGACGACGACGCCGUCCCAGAGCGCGCGCGCGUCGUCAUCGCGACGCCGCGCGCUCGAGCACGCGUCGAGGCGCUCGGCGAGACCGACGCCGCGCGCGUGCGGACGGGACGCGGCGAUGAUGGAUCGAUGAUGUGUGAUUUCCCAGUGAGUCGCCGCGCGCUCUGGGACGCCGACGCCGCGAACGACGGCCGCGCGAUCGCGCGCGUGGGGGCGUCGAUGGCGGCGCCGAGAAUUAUGAUGGACGCGCGCGCGAUGGCGGAUGUGCGGGCGCGCGCGGGGGGGAACACGAAGGCGUUCGCGCUCGCGGCGACGGAUGCGAAGAAACGCGGCGACGCGGCGGCGCGGGUGAUGGACGACGACGACGACGACGACGACGACGGGCGAACGUGUGUGAUUCCAGUCGUCGUCGUCGCGAGUGACGGCGAUGGGGACGUCGAGCGUGAUUUGGCCGCGGCGCGACGGGCGGCGUGGAUGGAUGACGACGACGCGUCCAUCGCGGCGUUCGAACGCGCGCUCGCGAGCGAUGCGCCGUUGUGUCCGUUGGCGCUCACCCCAACGCGCGCGGCGGUGGUGCUCGGGGACGAUGAUGCGGUGCGCGUGGCGUUCGCGGUGCGCGCGCCGUGGUGCGAAUUUGAACUUGGACCGAUUCAUCCGCCGCGCGCGAGAGACAACGAGACGCUCGUCGAGGCGACGCGCGCGGCGGCGACGGCGGGACGGGAUCGAUGCGUCACCACGGGAUUCAUCACGCUGGAUAGAACGCGACGGAUGGUGUUUUUGGGCGAAGACGCGCGCGGGACGGAGGAAGAACCGCUCACGGGGGUGUGGAUUCAAGGCGCGGAGCGCGUCGAGGACGCCGCGACGUGGGCGGCAUGCGUUCGGUUCGCGUGUUCAGACGUCUUGGUCACGCUGACGCAGCGUGGGAAGUUUUUGUGCGCGUGCGUACUCGCCGGAACGAGCGAGGUGGCGGUGUACGAAGUCACCGCGACGCGCUCGUGCUCGGAUUUUGUGCCGUACGGCGCGGAUAUCGUCGCGCGCGCGGACGCGCCGAUCGACGCGCAAACGGCGCCCGUGGACGAGAUCAUCGCGCCGACGUACUUUCACGUCACGCCCGAGGCGUACGGUGCGGAACAUUACGAUUUCGUCGAGCCGGUCGAUGCCGACGGCUCCGUCGGUGACGUGGAAGAGAUGGAGGAACACUUUAGCUACGAUUUGGAUGACGACGAGUUUGAGGAGGAACGCGAGGAGCGCGAGGUCCAGUUGCAGUUGCUCCAGCGCGAGAUCGAGUGCCUUCGCGAGGCCAUCGCAUCGGCGUCAUUCAUCGAUGACGACGAAGACGAAGACGAGGACGAGGACGAGGAUGAAGACGAGGAGUACGAGAUGUACAGACGACGCGACGCGGAGAGAGGCGGAGCGUCAGACGCCGAAGAAGAUGACGUGAGUGAGGACGUGCGUCGUCUCGCGAUCGAGCUCAAGGCGGACGUCAAAAAGUCUCAACUCGGCGCGUCCGUGGACGAGAUCCCAUUCGAUCCCAAGACUGCGGGCUACGUGCGUUUGCCCACGGAUGAGCGAGAGGCGGACUCCGUCGCGGAAGCGCUUCGCGUCGUGGACGACGACAUCCGAGAACUCAUGCUUCUCAAGCAGCCGAGUGCGCUCGUGAGUGAUUCUGACAGUGAACUUCGCGCGCGGUUUCGCGCGGAAUACGGCGACGACGGGGACGUCGUCGCCCACGCUCGCGAGGAACACCACUUCCCGCGAAUCGCUUUCGAUCCGUCCCGCUCGUGCGCCUCCGACGACGAAGCCGCCGCCGAUGACGCCGACGCCAUCAUCAAGCGAUACGUCGACGCGUACGGUGAAGAGAAUCUUCUCAAAUACCUGUAA